AUAAUAUACCAUCAUCGUUUGUAUGCGGUCUAGUUUUGCGUUGUGUGAAGUUGCAACACGGCAAUGUUAUUGUUAAGUCAUUGUCAGUUGAUGAAAUUGCAAGGCCAUACAGUAUUUGCACUUAACAUCUGAUCCAUUAACUGGUUGUGUCAUGACGGACGUGAAAGAAGAAAAAGAUGACAAAAUCCAGUAUGGUGGCUGUGAAGGCCCAAAUGCUAUGUAUGUGAAGCUGGUAUCCUCGGAUGGGCAUGAGUUCAUAGUGAAACGGGAGCACGCACUGACAUCGGGAACCAUCAAGGCAAUGCUGAGUGGACCAGGCCAGUUUGCUGAAAAUGAAACGAAUGAGGUCAACUUUAGGGAAAUUCCGUCUCACGUCCUACAGAAGGUGUGCCAGUAUUUCACGUACAAGGUGCGGUACACUAACAGUUCCACGGAGAUACCGGAGUUUCCGAUAGCACCCGAGAUCGUCCUGGAGCUGCUGAUGGCUGCAAACUUCCUCGACUGUUGAGAGAGAGAGAGAGCGUGUAAUCUCAUUAGCCGACUACGACGCAAAACACGACACCAGCUAAUGACAUCAGCACCCUUAAAUAAUUAUAUUGUUCAUAAUUUGUAAAUGUGAGAAUUUGGAUGGCAUUGAGCAGAACAUAAUCGUUACUGACCGUGUUGCCUGUCUAGUUCCUGUUACUAGAAAUGAAUAGGGAAACUUCAGAGAAUGAAAGAAUGAGAACGGGGUGAAUGAGAGCCAGACACAGAGAGAAA